GAAAGUCAACCAGCGAAGCCCAAUACAACUAUACAAGGAAAGAGAUGAUUUUCAUUAAAAAUUAAAAAUCAAAAAGACAAAAACCAAACAGGCAAAAAAACUUAAGUCUACUUCGUCGUCGUCUUCCACUAAUUUUCUGGUUUUAUCGAAGACUUUUGUACAAGUACAUUGCAGACUGUCAAUAACCCUUUCGUCACGGUAUUACUUCAAGCCGCGUACUGGUAGACUCCAAAAGAUCCUUCCUUUAUGGUUUUUGGAAUCUGGGUUCUCCGAUUUUGAGGGUCUUGAAAUCUUGAAAACGAACAUCUGGUUCUCUCAUGGCGAGGUUAUGUUGCUUCGGUUCUUCAGACUACGAUCUCAUUACUGGGAGGGCUUCAACUAGUUCUGGUAAAGGGAAAAACAAUGAUGGCGAGAUAAGAUUUGGUUACAGCUUAGUGAAAGGAAAAGCUAAUCAUCCAAUGGAGGAUUAUUACGUUUCCAAAUUCACUAAAAUCGAUGGUAACGAGCUCGGUUUGUUUGCUAUCUACGAUGGUCAUUUGGGUGAACGUGUUCCUGCUUAUCUACAGAAACAUUUGUUCUCCAAUAUCCUUAAAGAGGAGCAGUUUUGGUAUGAUACUCACAGAGCAAUAAUCGCUGCCUAUGAGAAGACAGACCAAACCAUUCUAUCACAUUCUGACUUAGGCCGAGGUGGCUCAACCGCUGUAACCGCUAUUCUGCUGAAUGGACGGCGUUUGUGGGUGGCAAAUGUAGGCGAUUCCCGGGCGGUUCUAUCUCGAGGAGGUCAAGCAAUACAGAUGACUAUAGAUCAUGAGCCACACACUGAAAGAUUGAGCAUUGAGGAUAGAGGAGGCUUUGUGUCAAACAUGCCUGGGGAUGUCCCUCGUGUUAACGGGCAGCUAGCUGUUUCUCGUGCUUUCGGGGAUAAAAGCCUCAAAACACAUCUACGGUCAGAUCCAGAUGUUAAAGAUUCAUCUAUAGAUGAUCAGACAGAUGUUCUUGUUCUUGCUAGUGACGGUCUAUGGAAGGUAAUGGCUAACCAAGAAGCAAUUGAUAUUGCGAGAAGAAUCAAAGAUCCAUUAAAAGCAGCGAAAGAACUAACAACUGAAGCACUGAGAAGAGAGAGCAAAGAUGAUAUAUCUUGCAUUGUCGUGAGAUUAAGGUGAUGAAAGAUCUUUUAAAACCACCAAGAAUGAAAUAUUUUAGAGAUGGAAGAAACUAAAUAAAGAAGUUUGAUAAUGAAGAGUAGAAGAUGUAAAAGGUUUUUUUUUAUUUCUAUUUUUUACUUGCUUUCUGUGUUUCCUCUGCUGUAAAAUUGGUUGAUCGUUUUUUCCGGAUGUUUGGUGAUUUGAUUUGUUUGAUUUGUGGUUUGUGUAAGUGAAAAGGAGAAUCAUAUGAUUUGGUGUAUAAAAAACAACUUAUCUUCUGCUUUGAUCUGAGAAGAUUACUACAAGUGGGAGAGAGUGUAUAUAAGCUAUGUGUGCUUCUUGAUCUCUGCUUUAUAAUAGUCCUC